CCUCUACUGCUCACCCUCAGGCACAGCAGAGCCUGGCCCAGUUGAGCUUGUUCCUGGUGUCUGGCUGAGCACGUUGGCGAGGUCUAGAGACCCAGCGAAGCAAUCCUGGUUUGUGCUGUGGGGCUCUGGGAGCUGUUCUCAGUGCCCACCCCCACAACAUUACCUGUAUUUCCCCGGCCCUGCUUGGAUCAGGCAGCCGGGUCCCAAGAAGCGCGCUCGAGGCAGCGGAGCAUUCAGAGAUCACUGCAGGACUGCAGCAAGGGGAGCCGAUUUCCAGCUCCAGCUCCCCAGCCCAGAACGGGGCCAUGCAGGAGGCGUUCUGUGCCAUCUGCCGCGAUGCAACACCUGACACCUUUGUGGUGCCCUGCGAGCACCACUUCUGCCUUCGUUGCAUCCUUCAGUGGACCCUGAGAAAAUUCACCUGCCCGCUCUGCAGGAGGCUCAUGAGCACCAUCAACUUUUCAGUGCGGGCAGAUGGCUCUCUGCCCUGUGUCAUCACGCUGCCAUCCGAGUACGAGGCAGAGAGCCACGACACAGCCUCCCUGUGGGACAUCGCCACCCCGCCGCGCCCCACUCCACCGGGCAGCCCUGCGGGGCACAGAGAAGAGGAGCUCCCCGCCACGUCCCACACAGCUCCCGGGGACGCGGCCGCCCAUCCCACCCGUACGCCCGUCCCCAGGGAGGCGGAGGAGCCCCAGCAGGAGGCAACAGCGGGACCUUCUGCCCAGGGCCGCAGCCCCACUGCUACCAAGCGGGGCAGGGACCGCUCAGCCCGGGGGUCCCGCCGCCCCAGGAAGAGGAGGGCCCGCAGCGCCCGGGGCACUUCGCAGCCCUGCAAGAGGCCGCCCCCGCGGCACAAUUAGCAGGGCCGCAUCCAUCUUUGUUAAUAAAAAACAUGGAAAACCACACAGCUAUCCUACUGAGGACUACGCCUCAGUUCUUCUCAGAGAUCAAGGCCUGUGAGUGCUGCCAGGAAUGGCGAGUAGUGCUCCUGGAGACGGGGCACAAGGGCUGGCAUUCUGUGGUCUCAAACAACGUUCCCUCAGGCCCUGCCCCUGUCACCAGAGAGCGAAACUCAGCACUGCCCUCUGCUCCCUUGGAGGAGCCACAGCCGCCACGAGGCCUCUCCUCAGCCUGCUCUGCCCUGGGCUGAGCAAACCCGGGGACCUAUAAUUCUUCACCUUCCUGACCCUUCACAGCGCUCCGUUGAGCACUAACCAGUAGUUUUAUUUGUCUUAUAUUGCGAUGCCCAAAACCACAGACAGUGCUUGAGGCAAGGAUCCAGCAGCACAGAGCGGGUCAACAAUACUGAAAGCAUUUGCAUUUUUCCUUUCAUUUGUUUCAUCACCACCUCUCUUCUCCAGCACUUCUGGACAUUUCAAUGAAGAAACUUACCAACGGGAACAUAAACGUGCCAAAAAAAAAAAAAAAAAAGAAAAAGAAAAAGAAAGAAAACAACCAAAAAUGUUUCUGAACAGAUCAUGUGGUAUUACGACCUGCAAUCGCAGAGACUGUAGGCUGUGCAAUAUCAGCCUCAGUUGCUCUCCUUCUGCUUUCAAUUCUUUUUUUCCCCCAACUACGACUUAGUAGCAGUUUUUCAGUGAAGGCUUUUGAAACACAAACACUGCAGCAUAUUCCAAGUGGGUACAUCAGUGCAGUGCAGGAACUGCUGUGCGUUCAAGUUGAAGAAAAGGAAAACAUCCAUAAGUUUAAAUAAUAAAUAACCACAAAUAUGAGCGCAAAGAUUGUGAUGUAUUACAUUGACUGUUUAUCUCCUAAGUAGAAUUACUUCAGGUUUACUGAGGCAGAAGCUUUCCUCAACCUCUAGGUCCCCAAGGAGCAUUUAUCCAGGAGUGCUAAAAGACAAUCAGGAAUAGAAUCGGUACAGUAAUGAAAAUCAUAGCUGGGGUCUCACACAUACCAACAGUUCACCCUCACACUGCAAUAGCCAGUAAGCACCUCCACAUAGCUUGAAAAAUCAGUACUGCCCUUGAAUAUGGGUAAUACUGACAGGCAGACUUUAAAGUCUAGGAUCAUCCUGUUUUCUGAGGCUUAUGCUUUCUUAAAGUACAGUCAGUAGAUUGUAAAUCAAAUCACAUCCAGUCAAAUAAAAUCACAGCAAUAGUAGAGUUCACAGCUUGGCAGCAGUACUGACUGUAAGGAAAGAAAACUGAUUAAAACAUACCUGGGGCCCAGAAAGACAAUUUUCUCCGUGUGUAACAAAAUGUCCAUUAAUUUGGUAACAAGAGUCAGCUUGUAAAUAACAUUUCACAAUAAUAAAGGUUUCUUUUACUUGCUGCAUGUCCAGCUCUGUACAAAGAAAUGUUGGAUUUUGGCAUGUUUCGUGCUUUGAGCUUUACUUGUCUCUCUCUCCCCUCAGCUGUUUGAGCAAAUAAUAA